UUCAUUUUGUGAAUAAACCAAGUUAUUAAAAGUGCUUGUCAACUUCUUUCGUAAAUCACUUAAAUGCUUCUAACAACGGGUGGUGGUGGGACUGGUGUCAGGCUGGGAACGCGUUUGGUUGACUAGUACUAGUUGGGUUCCUUGGGAAAGGUUAUUUUUGGUAGUAAACUGUCUGUAUCAAGUUGGGUCUAGGUGCACAGUGCUUCUUGGGCAAGUCGUUUCCUUACUUUUUCCUUUCUUUAGCAGGACUUGAGUUCAUCUAACUUAGUCACACUGACUGCUGACAACUCGCCUUUCAACUCUCCGAUUGUCACCCGAAAACAUAUUGUUCUACUUGUUUACGAAGUGAAACCUGGUCAUCACAAUAUCGACUGUGUUGAGAAAACUGGUAACUUAUGUUUUCUAUGAAGCAAGGAGGAAACAACCAGUCCUCUGCUCUAGUCAAUUUGCAGUUGGAGUCGGGGCAGUUUAUAGGGCGUGUAGUGCACGCCCUAGGAAAUAAUGUGUAUCAAGUUGAAACACGUGAACCUGAUAGGAAGGAAGACAAGUAUCUUCUUCCAAAACGUUUAAGAAACUAUAUCUAUAUUCGACGAGGCAGUAUUGUCAUAGUGGAACCUUAUGAGUCUCCACAAGGUCGUGUGAGAGGAGAAGUUGUUGAGACUUUUUUACCUGACCAAGUAAAAACACUUCAUAAACUACGCGAGUGGCCCCAAGAGUGGAACAGUGUGGAAUAAAUACUUAUUAUAUAACAGACAAGAAAACCCUUUUAUUUCCU